UUGUACUUUGGUUACAGGCGUAUUUUGAUUUUACUAUUACUUUUGUGCUCAGUGGCCAUAGGUCAGAGUAGUCAAAACCGACCAAUUGGACCAUUAACUGAUGAUUUUCAAAAUUGGCUUGUUGCAAAUGGCUAUGAGCAUUUGAAUUUCGAUCGACCUGAUAUUGGACCCAGUGGUAGUUUCGGUGGACGGAGGAAACGGGAACAAAAGAUACUACAUGAACCUGUGAUUUUCGUCCACGGCAAUGCAGAUGCAGCGCUGCACAUACAACCACCACUUGCUACUGGUUGGUCGCGCUCAGUACAAUAUUUUUUGGAACAAAAUUAUACUUCUGCUGAAUUGUAUGCGACAACUUGGGGUAACACCUGGGCUGGUGGAAGUAUUCUCACUUCAUACAGUACCAUGCAAACUUGUUCAAAUCUUAUUUAUUUGAGAAAAUUUUUGAUCGCUGUGUUAGAUUACACAAACGCACCUAAAGUUGAUAUUAUUGCCCAUUCCCUGGCUGUGCCCUUAAUGAGGAAAAUAUUAAAAGGUGGCAGUUUAAUUGCAACUGAUGGGAACUGUGUGUUGGGUAAACCUUUGGGUCAUCGAGUUGACACAUUUCUGGGAAUCUCGGGUGCUAACUAUGGUCUCUGCAUUUGUCAGUUGGCUCAAACAAUCCCAGCUUGGUGCAAUGCUUUAGAUGGUUUGUAUCCUGGUUACACCUGCGAAGAUCAGUUGAUUUGUGCAUACCCGGAUGCUGAAUGCAAACAGAAAAAUUAUUCUGCGUUCUUAGAAAGUUUAAACAAUGACCCAAACCGUGAAGCUGAUCACGUAUAUGCCAUGUGGUCCGACGUUGAUGAAGUAUUACUUUUCCGAGGAAUGACUUGGGGAAGACCAACAAGUCGCAUACCAGGAAUGAAUGGUCGUUGGGUCUCCGACAGAAAUGGCCAUAUGGCAAUGAAAGACUUGACUGAACUAAGACAGUAUGAAGCUGUAGUACAUCAUUCUAUCUAA